CGGGCGCUGGCCCUCCCCUCUCUCCCGGAGCCGGGCGGAGAGGAGGAAAACUUCUUCCUGGCCGGGCCCGGGCGCUGGCUGCCAGCCCCGCGAUCCCGCCACCGUGCCGGGUCCCCCACGUCCGCCAUGGCCAAAGCCUACGACCACCUUUUCAAGCUGCUGCUGAUCGGGGACUCCGGGGUGGGCAAGACGUGUCUCAUCAUACGCUUUGCAGAGGACAACUUCAACAGCACUUACAUCUCUACCAUCGGAAUUGACUUCAAGAUCCGCACUGUGGACAUAGAGGGAAAGAAGAUCAAACUUCAAGUCUGCCCUGAAAUAUUCCACUUCUUCAGGGACACGGCUGGUCAAGAGCGAUUCAAGACAAUAACUACUGCCUAUUACCGUGGAGCCAUGGGUAUUAUCCUAGUGUAUGAUAUCACAGAUGAGAAAUCCUUUGAGAAUAUCCAGAACUGGAUGAAAAGCAUCAAAGAGAAUGCCUCUGCUGGAGUGGAGCGCCUCUUGCUGGGGAACAAAUGCGACAUGGAAGCCAAGCGGAAGGUGCAGAGGGAACAAGCCGAUAAGUUGGCUCGGGAACAUGGAAUCCGGUUUUUUGAGACAAGUGCCAAAUCCAGUACGAAUGUGGAUGAGGCUUUCAGUUCCCUGGCCAGGGACAUCUUGCUCAAGUCAGGAAGCCGAAGAUCGGGAAACAGCAACAAGCCUCCCAUAACAGAGCUGAAAACUUCUGACAAGAAGAAUGCCAGCAAGUGCUCCCUGGUCUGAGGCCCUCUUUCUGCCUCCCCAUGCUAAGCCUGGAGAUAGAGCCAGAGGGAAGCAGGGUCAAGGGGCUGGGCUGGGAGAAAUGAAAAGGUGUGAAGGAAGAAAGGUGGGUAGAAGGUCGAAGAAUGGGGAGAAAGCGGAGAAGGAAAAGGGAAUGUGAGGAGAAAAAAGAUGAAAAGGAGCUAGUUUAGAGAAGAAGAGGCAAGGAGAAGGAGAAUUGAGUAAGUGAAGAAGGCAGGGGUAAUGGCUGUGGGCCUCAAGCCGGCACUGGGUUUCCAGGACAAAUAUGAAUGUAAAUAAUUGAGUGAUUCUGUUACCAGAUAAGGUUUUAGGGUCCGGUGAGAAGCUGUCACAGCACCACCCUCUGAAUGUUGGAUCUUUUCCUGUCACUUGGCAUGGGUUUUCUUAGCAUUAAAAGCCACCACUUGCACAAA